AUGAAAAUCUAUCUAUCUAUCUAUCUAUCUAUCUAUCUCUAUUCAUAUCUAUCUAUCUACCUAUCUACCUAUCUAUCUAUCUCUCUUCAUAUCUAUCUAUUUCUCUCUCUCUCUAUCUAUAUAUCUCUGUUCAUAUCUAUCUAUCUAUCUAUCUAUCUAUCUAUCUAUCUAUCUAUCUCACUGCAAAUGAGCGCCCUUAUCGAAUGCUUCAUUUUGCAUUUACCCUCUAUCUGUUCUUUCUUUUUACCCCCAUCUCAAUUAUUUCAUAAUCAUAUCUAUCUGACUGUCAUAAUAUAUCUAUCUACAUUUAUGUACGUCUGUUUAUAUCUAAUAUAUGUCUCUCUUAAUCUAUCUAUCUAUCUAUCUAUCUAUCUAUCUAUCUAUCUAUCUAUAUUUAUAUAUAAGAGCAACAGAAUUUCAAACGCGUUAUUAACUACCUGGAGAGAAGUUAAACACGCCCGAAUCAUGGCGGUCGAAAUGAGAAGGCAAUUCUUACCUUCGACUAUUUCUUUCUUUCUUUCUUUCUUUCUUUCUUUCUUUCUUUCUUUCUUUCUUUUUUUACAGCUUUCUACCUUUUCUUUUCCACCGUUUUUUCUGUUUACUUUUCCUCAUCCUCUCCCUUGCAUUUCUCUUUUGGAAUUUCACAUAUUGUUCCCGUUUUCAAUGUGUUCCCAUUUAGUAUUAAUCCUUAUCGCUAUAUUCUUAAUAUUAUUAACAUGCAAAUAUUCUUUCUUUCUUUUUUAA